AUGAUAUUAUUGGGCCCUACGAGCUCCGCAAAUGCAUGUGUGGCCAAGGAAGUUGAAUUCAAGCGCUUCAAUUCUCUUCCAGAGGAGUUGAGAAGGACUAUUUGGAAGUACUCCAUCCCAAGAGGCCGUAUUGUGGAUGUGGUGUUUGAUCGAAAGCGAGACCGGUACUGCUCGUUUCACGCACUUGUUCCCGCAGUACUUCACGUCUCUAAGGAGUCGAGAACCGUUGCUCUAAGGGUAUAUACCCUUUGCUUUGGCACCCAGUCAAAUCCUGCAGCUAUUCCGGUUGAUCAGAUCUCUGAUUGCAUACUUUUCGAAGACUGGCUUGUACCGCUUCCAGUAUCUUCCACACAUGAGUUUAUAAGCCCCGGUCAACAGUACCGAGGCUGCCAAAAUGAGCUCCAACGACUCAUCGGCCCCGUAGGACAAAUUGAGCAAGACAUAAGAAGGGUUGCUAUCUCAAUUGAUUUUUACUCUUUUUUUGAGUACAAUGAGUUUGUCCAAUGCCUACGGUACUUGUCUGGCAAAUUGCCAAAGAUUGAUACACUUGUCUUUGUAUUAGAGGAAAGGGACCCUUACGCACAGGGAGAGGUCUACUUUUCGGAAUUGGAUUUUAAAGCUUUUUGCUGCCCGGACUGCUACUGCGAUAUUAAGAGUUAUAUCGGCACAGCAUCGCAAGAGGCAUUAAUCCACUGGAAAGAUGCAACAAUAACGGAUAGCAAUGAGGCCAGGGUUGCCAUAGCCUCGGAUAAUUCUUUAAGGGUCGAGGCAAAGGAGAUUCAACUUCGUUUUCGAGGCAUUUAUAGAGGUGGCCAACUCCAGCCAAUUAAACUUAUCGAAAGAUGCUAUAGGAGUGGGGAAGAUGAGAUUCUUCAGCCGUUUGACGGCAUCGCUCCUGUUAAAGAAAUUGCUUGUGCAAAGACUGGUGCUGUGGAUGUUUAG